AUGGCUCUCCGGCUAUUGGCAAAAGCCUUGGCCCUGGCGCCGGCCAUGCUGGCCUCGGCUCAGGAGCUGCAAGUCCCGAAGAAACUCCCGGGCAACUGGACGUACCAAUACUGCUGGACCGAUGUCGGUCGGACCAUCGACACGGCUUACAGCACUUCCAAGAAGAUGACUAUCGAGUCUUGCCUCGCGUACUGCGAGCAACAGGAGCUCCCUUUCGCGGGUGUCGAGUACUACAACCAAUGCUUCUGCGGCCUCCAGCUCGCUCCUGGCGCCAGACAGCAGAGCUCAAAUUCGUCUUGCAACACGCCCUGUGCCGGCAACUCGCGCCAGCCGUGCGGUGGCGCAGACCGCCUGACGCUGUUCCACAACCCGACACUUGCAGGCUUCCAGCCGAACCACGACAUCGAGGACUGGCCAUAUCUCGGCUGCUACACGGAAGGCACCAAGAACCGCCGCGCGCUCCAAUACCAAGCCGACAUCCCUCCGGGAGACAUGACCGGCCGUGCCUGCACUUCGGCCUGUCAGGCCAAAGGCUUCCAUCUUGCGGGAACAGAAUACUCGAACCAAUGCUUCUGUGGCGACGCAAUCAAAAACGGCGGCACGGCUGCGGCAAACGCCUGUGUCAUGAAGUGCAGCGGAAACUCGACCGAGAUCUGUGGCGGUGCCGACCGUCUCAGCGUCUACAGCUUCAAGGGCGUGAAGCCGCCCAAGGUUAUCGCCCCGAUGCCUUCGAGCAGCAGUAGCACUUCCAAGAAGGCCACUUCGACCUCGAAGCGGUCGACGAGCAGCUCCACCAAGCGAACAUCGGUGACUACUACUAGUACUACAUCGACGAAGCGCUCCUCGACGACGAGUAGCGGCAAGUCGACGGGAACGACCACGUCUUCGCUUACUGGGAAGACGACCAGUAGUUCGCGGUUCGUGACUUCGACGACAACGUCCGCCACCACAACCAGCUCAGGUAUGGUGACAUCAACAUUUGGCAGCAGUAGUACGAGCACAAUCACCAGCACCAGCACGACCAGCACAUCUAGCAGCUCCUCCCCAACCAGCAGCACGCCUCCUGGCUUCCCUGCAGGAUGGUCUUACUUUGGCUGCUGGCAAGACGGCCCUGGUCCGCGGAUCCUGCCUCAAUACCAGGCGCCUGACAAUGCGAACCUGACGCGCGAGAGCUGUGCCAACCUCUGUGACAGCAUGGGAUACAACAUCUCGGGCACCGAGUACUUCCGGCAGUGCUUCUGCAGCAACGACAUCUAUAACGGCGGCAAGGAGUCACCCGACGACUCUGGGUGCCAGACGCCCUGCAGCGGCAACACGACCGAGAUGUGCGGCGGCUCGGGCUACCUGACCAUCUACUCGGACGGCACGCCCGAGGUCUUCCAGCCGCCGGCGGUGCAGCUGGGCGGGCUCAACGGCACGUGGCAGUACCAGGGCUGCUACGUGUCGGUCAACACGACCGACAACACGCACAACCUGCCGUGGAAGCUGGAGCUGCCUGACACCAACGACCCAGAGACAUGCCUGAGCCUCUGCGGCGAGUUUGGCUACAUGGCCGCGGGCCUCGAGUACGGCCUGCAGUGCUUCUGCGGCGACCCGCAGGACGUCGUCGACGCCGCCGAGCAGAAGGUCGACGAGUCCCAGUGCAACAUUGCCUGCUCGGGCAACGCGACCGUCAUCUGCAGCGGCGGGAACCGGCACACGCUCUACUACUGGAACGGGACCUCGCCGCUGUACGCCUGGCACUAUCCCCAGGGCGCCGGCGCGGGGGCGUACUCGUUCCUCGUGCCGGGUGUCGUGACUCCGCUCAUGACGAUGCAGUCCGUCACGGGCAAGGUGACGUUUCUGGAAAAGUACGGCACCGGCCUGCCCAACAGCACCGGCGCGUACGAGCUGGACCUGACGCUGGUCGACGACUUUGCGCACGCCUGGCGCGAGAUGCACGUCGAGACGGACAUUUUCUGCUCGGCCGGCAUCAUCCUGCCCGACAAGGGGGCGCGGCAGCUGACCAUCGGCGGCUGGUCCCUCGAGUCGACGUUCGGCGUCCGGCUGUACUGGCCGGACGGCUCGCCGGGCGUCAACGGAACCCACGAUUGGCAGGAGAACGUGCAGGAGCUCAGCCUGCAACAAGGACGCUGGUACCCCAGCGCCAUGAUCAUGGCCAACGGCUCCGUGCUCGUCGUCGGUGGCGAGACGGGAUCCAACGCCGGCCCUGUGCCAACCCUCGAGAUCCUGCCCUUUACUGGCACCAAGCCUCUAUACAUGGACUGGCUAUACCGGACCGACCCCAACAACCUGUACCCGUUCCUCGCGGUUUUGCCGAGCGGCGGCAUCUUUGUGCAGUACUGGAACGAGGCCCGCAUCCUCGACGAGCGGACCUUUGAGACGACCCGGAUCCUGCCCAACGCCACCGGCUCUGUCAUCGACCCCCGGGCCGGCCGCAACUAUCCGCUCGAGGGCACCGCCGUGCUGCUCCCUCAGGUCGCCCCCUACACGGAGCCCCUGAUGGUGCUCAUCUGCGGCGGCGCCACGACGACGAGCAUCGCCCUCGACAACUGCGUCUCUAUCCAGCCCGACGCGGCCGACCCGCAGUGGACGCUCGAGCGCAUGCCCUCGAAGCGCGUCAUGUCGUGCAUCGCGCCCCUCCCGGACGGGACAUAUCUGAUCCUCAACGGCGCCCAGCAGGGCGUUGCCGGGUUCGGCCUCGCGACGGACCCGAACCUCGGCGCCGUGCUGUACGACCCAAGCCUGCCCGCGGGCCAGCGCAUGUCCGUCAUGGCCACCACCAUCGUCGCCCGGCUGUACCACUCCGAGGCCAUCACGCUGCUCGACGGCCGCGUGCUCGUCUCGGGCUCCGACCCCCAGGACGGCGUCCACCCGGAGGAGAUGCGCGUCGAGGUCUUCACCCCGCCGUAUCUCCUCGCCCUGGCCGGGGGCAACAGGACCCGGCCGUCCUUCACCGUGCCGGCGUACAGCAAGGACUGGACCUAUGGAAGCCGGUACACCGUGCAGAUCGGCACCAGCGACGGUGGUAACUCGACCACAGCUGGGCCGGUCAGCGGAGUGCAAAAGUUCUCCCUGCUCGGCUCCGUGUCGAGCACGCACGGCAACUCGAUGGGCGCGAGGACGCUGUUCCCGGCCUUUACCUGUGCUGGAUCGACCUGUGUCAUCACGGCGCCGCCCAGCGCGCACAUCUGCCCUCCCGGCUGGUAUCAGUUGUUCUAUCUGGUUGACGGCAUCCCUGCUGUCGGCACGUACGUGCGCAUCGGUGGGGAUCCCGCGAGCUUGGGCAACUGGCCACAAUAUCCAGACUUUACUACGCCCGGGGUGUGA